AUGGCUCAAACCGGGAAUCAGACAAGCUUGUACAACAAGCUCGUAAUUACUUUUGUCGCUAUCGGCGGCACAACCUACGGCUACGCAGCUUCAAUCAUCGGAAGCACAAUCGGUCAACCAGGCUGGUACCAAUUCUUCAACCUUCCUCAAAAUGGCGAACCAGGCUACGAUACCAUCACUACUCCAGCCAUCGCUACAGCAAACGGUCUUUUCUCUGCUGGUGGUGCUGUCGCAUGCUUGAUUCUCAUGUGGGCUUGCGAUUAUUAUGGUCGGUUAAGAAGUAUUCAAUUUGGAUGUGCGUUGGGAAUUGUUGGAGGUGUUUUGCAGGCUGCUGCUCAGAAUCUUGCCAUGUUCCAAGCUGGACGAUGGAUCAUGGGAAUGUGUGUUGGUCUUAUGGCGACUGUCACACCAAUGUAUCUCUCCGAAAUGUCCAGUCCUCUCGCGCGCGGCUGGCUCGUCGGACAUCACGCCAUCUUCCUCGUCUUUGGCUACAUGCUCUCCUCCUGGAUCGGCUUCGCGGUGUACUUCUCAUCCAACCUGGAGUUUGGCUGGCGUUUCCCACUCGCUUUCCAGAUCCUUCCGCCUGUUGUGCUCCUCGCUGGAUCACCUUGGAUUCCCAGAUCACCUCGUUGGCUGAUGUCCAAGGGUCUGAGAGAUGAAGCGUGGUCUGUGCUGUUGAGAUUGAGGAGGUCGUCUUCAGAUCCAGAGGACCUUGUUGCGAAGGAGGAGUUUUAUCAGAUUGAUAAGCAAUUGGAGCUUGAUGGGAAGAAGCUUGAGGCUUAUGGGGGAAGUCCCUGGAAGGCUGUUUUGAAGAAGUCGAGCUACAGGAAGAGGAUGAUCAUCGGCUUCAUGACUCAGUGGGGUGCCGAGUUUGGAGGACCUCUCAUCAUCAACAACUACGCCGUCAUCUUAUACACCAGCCUGGGCCAAACCGGUUACAUGCCCCUUCUUCUCUCGGCCCUCUGGUUGACUACCGCUGGUCUCAUUUACAACCCUGGUGGUGCUUGGUUGCACGACAAGGUCAACUCUCGUCGCAAGAUGUACAUGACCGGUUUCGUCGGUAUUGUCAUCACGACUUCCGUAUACUGCGCCAUGAUCUCGCUGUACGCUGGUACAGACAACAAGGCGGGCAAUGCGAUCGGAGUUCUGUUCAUGUUCUUGUACCUCGCUUUCCAGGGUACCUUCUGCAACACGACCAUGUAUCUCUACGUCUCGGAGAUCUUUCCCACUGAGAUCCGAUCUAUCGGUAUUGGAUGGUCUCUUUUUGGUCAAUUCGCCGCGACCAUCAUCCUCCUCCAAUCCGCGCCCAUUGGCUUCAACGCCGUGGGCUGGAAAUAUUUCCUUCUUGUCAUCGUCUGGAGUGUUCUUUUCAUCCCGGCCAUUUACUUCUUCUGGCCCGAAACAGCGCGUCUUUCACUUGAAGAAAUUGGCAAGCAGUUUGGUGAUGAAGUCGCUGUUCACAUUACUGAUGCUACGGAUGAGGAGCGCGCUGCUAUUGAUAGGAAGUUGAUCUCGGAGGCUCAUGGGGAUAAGGCGCCGGAUAAUGCUGUUACUGGGGUGCCUUCUAGUCGCAGUAGCCAGAACGUCGCUGCUGAGAAGUAA